AUGGGCGAUGUUAGGGUAAGCUGUGCAUGGGUCGCCAGCCGCUCUUCUCACGUCGUCAUCGAUUCUUUAGGGACUGAGAAAGUGGUGGAGACUAUCGAUUCCAUUCCUAAAGUGAAAUGGGAUUUCGAAGGGAUUCACUAUUUUGAUAAUGGGCCUCUCACCGUUCAGUAUAUAUUUGUCCUGGACGCUUUGAAUUUCUGCUUUUGGCCCGAUGCCGAGCUAGAUUAUGAUCAUUUAGCCUCGAGGCUGAAGAAAGCUCUACAGAAUGACAAGUCAGUUUUUGAUGCUGAUCGCUUGCAGAAAUACACUGGUCCGGAGUUACGGGAGCUCUUGAAAUGGCCUAGGCCGCUUCCUUUAGAGGACGAACGAGUUCGGUUGCUGCACGAGGUUGGAUUUGAACUGGAGAGAAGCUUUGAUGGCAAAGCGUCCAAUCUUGUGGAGUCCUGUGCAAAAUCAGCUGCUAAGCUUGUAGCUCUUGUUACUCGUCACUUCCCCGGUUUUCGAGACCACUCGCUCUACAAAGGACACCAGAUAUUCUUGUACAAAAGAGCUCAACUAUUUGCUAAAGAUGUAUGGGGUGCAUUCGAGGGUCGGGGAUAUGGAGAAUUUAACGGCAUCGAAUCGAUAACUAUAAUGGCGGACUAUAUUGUCCCAGCUGUUCUUCAGAGGAUGGGUGUGCUGAAAUAUAGUCCAACACUCACCAACAAAAUUGAGGCUGAUGAGGAAAUACUUCCUGGCACUGAGGAAGAAGUUGAGCUUCGAGCUUGCUCCAUACACGCAGUGGAAAAAAUGAGGGAGUUGAUCAAUACAAAAUCAGGGAAGCAGGUACUUGGCGUGGAACUAGAUCAUUGGCUUUGGACUUUCGGCAUUCAGCUUCCAUCUCUGAAACACCAUCGAACACUUUCGGUGUACUAUUGA